AUGCCAUUCCACAUUCCUCGCCAUCAACACACCCUCUCCGACUCGUCUCCCACCUACAACAACUACUACAGCGCUGCCAGUGCCAUCUACCAGACUGGCCAAACUCUGAGCUCCGUUGGCGCGCCGCACACUCACUGGAACGACGACUCGCCCUCCACGGCCUCCGAAAGCAAGUCCUACCAGCCGCAGCCAAACACCAACGGCGAUGGCACCGUGAUUCCCUAUCGUCCGGCACCGAAUGCAUACCCUGGCACACACGCCGCCGCACCGCCCUCGUCAGACGCGCAAUCAGGUCACUAUUCACAAGGCUUGCGACGGUCCCUGACUGUCGGGCGACAAGGAGAAGCAGAACAUAUGAACAAUCAACCCGGCUCCGCGAUGGGUGACAUCCACCACUAUGGUGCGCCGCCAGCUUAUGGAGGGGAACCGCUCUCUAUCAAUAUUGAGCCUUCUACGCCCGGCCAUCCAAACAAUGUCGUGGGGAACACGAUCCCAGGCACUCUCCAGCCCGGUCUACAGAACAGACCUACAGCGCUGAACACUAGCAAUAUGGCACCGACACUCCCUACCCUGCCCCAAAUAUCGACUCAGAUGCAGCAGUCGCCUUUGUCUGCUAGGCCCAUGACCCUCAAUCACACCCACAGCUACUCGAGAUCGAGUCCUGGUGUGAUGGAUCAACCCAGAUACAAACCGUUCUCAAACACUCCUGAGCAAUCGAAGUACCCGUCCGCAACGCCUGCACAUCUCUCGAGUACCCCCCAGGGGCCGCCGUCUUAUUCUCCUCUUGGCCUGGCGGACAUCAGGCCUCGCUCCGAUACGAAUGCCACCGACAUCCCGUUCAGCCCGAAUAUCGCGCAGGAAGACGACAGUCGAGAAUACCCGCAGAACAGCAACUAUAUUGCACCUUGGCCGAUAUAUGCAGUGGACUGGUGCAAGUGGCCUCCGCGGUCAGGCGGAGCUUCGUCAGGGAAGGUGGCCAUAGGAAGUUAUUUGGAAGAUAACCACAAUUAUAUACAAAUUCUAGAGACCCAACGAACACAGGUCGACCCAGAAAACCCCCACGGUGAGAGAGGGCUGGAGUUUAUCAAAACUGCGGAGGCCACACAUGCAUAUCCGGUAACUCGAAUACUAUGGGAGCCACCUUCUUCGAACAAGCAGACGACUGAUUUGCUCGCGACAUCCGGCGACCACCUGAGAUUGUGGUCUUUACCAAACGACCAGCAUGGAUACCAAUCCAAUUCAAUUAACCGUCCGCCAAAUGGGAAAACACCUCCACCACAAAAGCUGUCGCCUCUAGCCCUUUUGUCGAACUCCAAAUCCCCUGAACAUACUGCUCCAAUCACCUCUCUGGACUGGAAUGUGGUUCAGCCAUCAUUGAUUAUCACCUCAUCAAUUGACACGACUUGCACAAUUUGGGAUAUUCCUACCCUGACGGCCAAAACACAACUCAUUGCCCACGACAAGGAGGUCUAUGAUGUUCGCUUCUGUGCUAAUAGCGUUGAUGUGUUUGUGUCGUGCGGCGCCGAUGGAAGCGUCCGUAUGUUUGACUUACGAAGCCUUGAACAUAGUACAAUCAUCUACGAGCCGAGUGAAAAGCAACAAGAAAAGAACUCACAACUGUCUGACCCCCUUUCAACGUCUCCGACACGGGGCCCUGGGUCUCAAACGCUCUCCUUCCCACCUCCGCUUCUGCGUAUUGCCGCUUCACCUCAUGAUACUCAUCUCCUUGCUACCUUUUCUCAAGAUUCGAACGUCAUUCGCGUACUGGACGUGCGGCAACCUGGCCAGGCUUUACUUGAGCUGAAAGGGCAUAGUGCUCCUGUAAACUGCGUGGAAUGGAGCAAUACGCAGCGGGGCUUACUUGCUUCGGGCGGCGACGAUUGCUGCGUAUUGCUAUGGGAUCUUUUGGGUUCAGCGGGCAAUCUUCCCACGGGCGUCCCAACAGGGGCUUCUGGAGGUGGCGGUACGGCUCAAGAGCGUGGACCCUCGGCAGUGUGGGAGUCACGGUACGAGGUGGCCAAUUUGAGCUGGGCACCGACUAUGGGAACUCUCGGUGUCUGCGGCGGAAAGGGGUUCUGGGGCGUACAGCUAUAG